AUGACUGAAGCCAAACAAGAUUUAAUCGAGUUAUCAACAAAUCCUUUAGAUGUAUGGAUAAAUACACAUUAUGAUGAAUUGUGUGCGGGUAUGACGUGUAAAAAUGCUCUAUUCUGCAAACCAUCAGACAUGAAAGACAAGAAUUUCCAAAUGAGCAUUAAGGAUAAAUGUGAUAGGAAACAAAGAAAAAUAGAUGGUAAACAGACAUGGUAUUAUGUUUUGAAAGAAGAAAUGAAAGGAUUAUAUAAACAGGUUGAACCAAACGAUAAUGAGGAUUCAUUUACUGACGAUGAAAUACCUGUAAAUGAUGCUUUAUAA